AGAACAACAGCUGCGAAUCCAGGAGGAGGAGUCUAUGGGCGCAUCUGGGGCGCGUGCCAGCCUGUGCCAGCGCGCCGCGGCGACCCGACAGGCGCCGGCGUCUCCCGACUUCGUGUACCCACGCAGCUCGCCGGUUAUUGUCUGUUGUUGUUCUUGCGUUGAACCAUGGCCAUGUAUACCGUUCCGUGGUCUCUCUCGUUCCUUAGCUAGUCUGACUCCCUCAGCAAGCGGUAUAGCUCAGACUCCUGACAUCCACAUUCAAGGCUCGACUACCACAAUGGUGCGUGGGCAGCUUACCGAGGACGAAAUAGCCUGGCGCGACCGACAGCCCUGGCUUGAGGAACACGGGUACAUGCUUCGCCCGCGAUACAGGCAGGAUUGGAAGCCUUCGUGGGAGGGGACCACAAAGUCGCACCUCUCCUGCGAGGAUGGACGUAUGCUACGUCACCCUCAUAUUAUUGAUGCGACACGCAUUUUGGACGGAGCUCUUGUCACGCUCAAGAUGAUAGAGCAUUCUGUGCACCCAUACGAGGUGGAAAUAGCUCGAAUGUUCUGCGAAGAGCCGAUGAAGUCGGAUCCGCGAAAUCAUUGCGUGCAGAUCCUCGAGGUUCUGCAAGACCCAAUAGAGCAGGAUAUCUCCAUUAUCAUAAUGCCCAUCCUCAAAGCUUACCACAGACCUCGUUUCGACACUGUUGGCGAAGCCGUUGAUUUCUUUCGCCAAACAUUGGAGGGCCUUCAAUUCAUACAUCAACAUCGCAUCGCUCACCGUGAUAUUUCGAUGCUCAAUGUCAUGAUGGAUCCGUUGCCACUGUACCCAAAGUUAUACCACCCCACCGAUGAUACUAUGACGCGGGACUUCAGUAGGAGUGUGAGGCCAUACACCCGUACUGAACGUCCGACGAGGUACUACUUCAUCGACUUCGGCCUUUCCAGGAAGUACGGUCCGGAAGACGAGCAUCCACUGGAGUUGCCAAUAUUCGGAGGCGACAAAACUGUGCCGGAGUUUCAGGACGAUGGGUAUGAUAAGGCCAGUGAUCCAUUCGCAACCGACAUCUACUAUCUUGGGAACCGUUUUCGCGAGGAGUUCUUGAAGGUAGCCUCUGUUCAUUGUUCCGUCUGGCCGUAUGCUAAUAUCGACAUAGAUGUACUCGGGGCUAGAAUUCUUGAGUGACCUGGUCGCGACGAUGGUCGCGACUGACCCCCAGAAACGCCCCACUGCAGACGAAGCCGUGAGCCGCUUUGCGACUAUCCAAAGCAAACUUCCCUGGUGGAAAUGUCGCCAACGGCUGGUAUACAGGAAGGAAGGCCCGCUAGGUCGGGCUUUCAGGGGCAUUGGACACUUGCUUCGGACGACGGCUUACAUCCUGCUCCGUAAACCUGCGAUACCUACACCCGCUGUUUCUUAGGGUAUUGCACGGUGCACAUCGGAAUUUGUUAUGUCGUUACUCACAUACCCAGAUCGUCAUUGCUCUGCUGUUGUCUUGGUUUCGCUGCUUUUCCGACCUUUCGAGCACCGUGCUUUCAUUUAAUUGGAAACCUGGCGUCUUGCACCUGUGAAUGCAGUCAGUCGCAUGCCACUCUC